AUGUCUUCCAAUAAUGACCCUGUUGCAAUUCCAGUGACAGAAGUAAAUCCCAGUGACCAUCCUGGAAUGGACACCAGUGACCAGAACAUAUUGACUGGAGAGGCUGUGUUAAGUUUUCAUAACAUCAGUUACGUGGAAACAGUGCAGCAUGGCUUUGCAUGUUGUAAAAAAACAAGUGUGAUAAAAAGACUAUCAAAUAUCAGUGGGAUUAUGAAAGCUGGCCUCAAUGCCAUUAUGGGACCUAAUUAUGAGAGCAGAUCGUUGUUAUUAGAUGUCUUAGCUGCAAGGAAAGAUCCACGUGGAUUAUCAGGAGAUAUUUUGAUAAAUGGAAAACCUCGACCUGCUAAUUUCACAUGUACUUCUGGUUAUGUGCCACAAAAUGACAUGGUGAUGCACACGCUGACUGUGAGAGACAACAUAGAGUUCUCAGCAGCUCUUCAACUGCCAAUGACUAUGACAAGAGAUGAAAAAAGAAGGCGGAUUAAUGAUGUCCUUGAACUUCUGCAUCUGGAUGAAGUGGCAAAUGUUGAGCCUAGGUCUAAAGAACUUAAGAAAAGGACCAGUAUAGCAAUGGAGCUGAUCACCCAGCAUCCCAUCUUGUUCUUGGAUGACCCCACCACUGGCUUAGACUGGAGCACCACUACUGAUGUCAUCUCAGUCCUGAGAAGGGUGUCUAUGAGGGGACGAACAAUCAUCUUCUCCAUUAAUCAGCCCCCAUACUCCAUCUUCAGACUGUUUGACAGCCUCACCUUAGUGGCCUCAGGAAACGUUAUGUUUCACGGGGCUGCACAGGAGGCUUUGGAGUACUUCAAAUCUGCAGGUUAUGAAUAUGAUUCCCACAACAACCCUGCAGACUUCUUCCUGGACAUCAUUAAUGGAGGUUUCUCUGCUCUAUUAGACACAGAGGAAGAUGGCCAUGAUGUCGACAAAUAUAAAGAACUUUCUGAGAGACAGCACCAAGUCAGAGAAAACUUAGCCAAUAUGUAUACCCAGUCCUCCUCAUACAGAAAAAUGAAAGCUGAACUGGAUCUACUUUUAAGGGAACUGAAGGCAGGGAGGAGUUCAGCCUUGGAGAUCACGUGUGCCACCCCUUUCUGGCAUCAGCUUCAAUGGAUUAUCUGUCGUUCAUUUGAAAAUUGCCUGGGUUUUCCAAGGGCCACUGGGAUCCAGGCAAUUAUCACAGUCUUACUGGCCGUGAUUGUGGGUACCACUUUCCUUGUCCUACGAAAUGUUUGUACUGAAGUCCAGACAAGACAUGAGCACACCAGUGGAUAUUACAGAGUGUCAUCGUAUUUCCUUGGGAAAUUGCUCGGUGAGCUGGUACCCAGGAGGUUAUUCCCAAGUAUUACAUUUACUAUUAUACUAUUCAGCAUAGCAGGAGUAAACACGGAUGUGAAGGGUUUCUUCACUAUGAUAUUUACCGUCAUGAUGUUGGCUUAUUCGGCCAGCUCACUGCCACUGUGUUUCAAAGCAGGGGAGAAUGCAGUGGCUGUACCAACUCUAUCUGUGACCAUCUACUUUGUGUUCAUGCUGGUUUUCUCAGGUCAGUCACUAUAUUCUGGAAACUUCAUACUUGGGCUCUCAUGGAUUCAGUACUUGAGCAUUCCGCAUUAUGGGUUUACAGCUUUCAUACACAACGAAUUCUCGGGACAAAACUUCUGUCUAGAAAAUAACACAACAGAACUCAGGAGAUGUCACAACUAUGUGAUAUGCACUGGAGAAGAAUUCUUGACGAGCCAGGGCAUCAACCUCUCAUCAUGGGGCUUCUGGGAGAAUCACGUGGCCUUAGCUUGUCUAACAAUUAUCCUCUUAUCAUUUACCUAUGUGCAAUUAUUGCUAUCUAAGAAAGCAGAAGUUCUUAGGUCUUGUAGGAGGAAGUUUCUUAUUUAG